AUGGCGGUGCCUUCGAAGGGUCCAGAACUCGGCGGCUAUGAUUAUGACUUCAUUAUCAGAGUUCCUGAGGACUGGAUAUGUCUCGUCUGUCAUCUAGCAAUGAAAGAUCCGGUGCAAAUUGUGGGAUGUGGUCACCGACUUUGUAAUAUCUGCAUGGAGUCCCUUUUCAGGUAAUGACUUGUAUUAUUCAAACAACGAAAGAACAGUCGAAAUAACCGCGUGAAUGCGAUAAGUCAUCGCUGGUGAAUGAUAUCUUGCUCGUGUCUUUAUACUUGACGCUCAGGAUUGCCACUUUCGAUUAUUUCUGCUGAAAGAGCGAGGAUUAACAACGUGAAUAUUUUAAAGGAUUCUGUAGUUAGUAUUUCUUUUCCGGUGCCGAAUCAUCGUCCUGAAUAUUUUUAUGUGUUUGUGGUCGUUUGUGUUUAGUAUCCCAAAGUGUAAUCAUUCAAAUGAUGGUCAUUGAAAGGAACUUUCCCCGUUGUGCUUCUCAUUGUUUCGGUUCGUCUCUGUAUUUCUAAACACGCAGUUUACUUUAAACAUAAUUUGGUCAUGAUAACCGAUGGACCAUGCGUUCAAAAAUCUUCACUUUGGGCUUCAAUUUUUUCCGCAGUCAAGUUUUAAUGUCUAUUAACUUUUCUGCGUGUAAUAUUUACUUAAUUCCUUAAGGGAAUAUAAUUUGAGUGACUUAAAUUAAAGGGAGUGUUGUCAGUGUUCCAGGUCAUUCGAACGUUCAUAACAUAAACUCGCGAACUAAUGAAUGCUAAUCGAUAUUUCCUCUCAUUUGUUGAAUUGAUUGAUGGAGGGUGGUGUUUGGUUUUCUUCUAAUUUGAAUUUUUAUUGUUUAGGCGCCCUUCACCGUCUUGUCCAGCAGACAGGCAGCCAUUAUCACGCGACAAGGUAUUCUGUUUCGUUAGUCAUGCAAUUUAAUUGUAACGCCAUCUUGACUCACAGAUAACUUUUUUCAUGAUGCAUUAAUUUCUAUUUUUUAAUUGUCAUGACAAAAAAUGUGCUUCAUCAAAAGUGUCCGGAAUGAGAGGCAAAGUGUAUCAUUAGUUGAAGCAGGGAGACAACUACUCUCCCAGUCUCGCACGCACGCACAGCCGUUUUUGAAGUUUCGUCACGCAACGCUCCUCAAUUCCGUGUGGGCUUCGUAGGAGAUUAGAAGCCAGGAACCGACUAUUCUAGGCCUCCAUCAUUCUAUGUUAGGUAUUCUCAAACAACCUUCUCCUUAAUAAUUUGCAGAUAUUUCCGGACGCCGCUUGCCACCGUAAAAUUUUGGAUCUGUCCGUGAAGUGUUCAUAUUUUAGGUGUUCAUGGACGGGAGAAUUGCGUGACGUGGAGGUACGUAUGUCAUGCUUUUGUUUCCCUACUAUGGAAAGAAAAACACUGUAUAAAGCCAAAGACCUGGUUAAACUAGGAGACCUUGUUGCCGAAACAUUCUUUUUUGUUGCCGGCAUCAUCAUCACUUUUCGUUAAAGUUCGCGUCAGUGUGGUCAAGUAUUACUUAGAGUUGCGCAAAGGUUCUUAAGGUAAUUCGCGUCAAAUUAUAACUUUGCCGACCCAGUAUUCCUCUUCACUUAGAAUGUCAAUCUCUUUCACUUUAAGAAACAUCAAUCAAGCUGUUCGUUCAAAGUGGUUAAUUGUCCAAACGUUGGUUGCAAAGAAAAGCUCACCAAACAGGAGUUGACAAUCCACGUGACUUUUGAAUGUUCUUGGAGGAUAAUUAAGUGUGAAUAUUGUACAGCAUCAUUUGUCCAGAAUCAAAAACAGGUACGAUGAAAAUUUGUUUCUUGUUUGGUUGUUUUUAUGUAGGUAAGGCCCAAGCACGCACUAAAACUUGUUUUCCUGCGCUGUGCGCCUGUGACUGCCGGUUACCUCAACAUUGUCCUUAGCGUCUAUUCUUUUUCCAAUAUGACGACGGCAAGAGACUCCAAAGAAGAGUCUUCUCUCUCGCCGUCGCCAUAUUCCCUACUCCAGAAACUAUAAAGAGAAUGAGUACAAGCUUUCGGGGCAACGCAUUCUGGGAUUGUUUGGGAAGACAAGCGUUUAUGAUUGGUUAAUGGUUGCCUGGGAUACCAUCGGCCAAUCAUAACUAACGUUUGUCCACCCAAGCUAUCCCAGAAAUCGUUGCACCGAAAGCUUGUACCCAUUCCCCUCAUAGUUUCUAGGGUGGAAUGAAACACUCGUCGCGUAUAUGAACCAGGCGAAAACCCUCACCCUUUUCUUACACUGUACGGGUAUUUGUAGAAGCAUCUGAUCCUAUCCGCCUAGUUCUUCUUGAAUACGUUUUCAGGCUGACUCAAAGAAUUAUUUAUCAUCGCAAAACUAUGUGCAUUAGGAGUGAAACCCUUUAGUUUUAAAAGCCCGAAUGGCCGCCGUGACACACUACUUUUAAAUCGUCCGCUCGGAAUUUCCCGCUUUCGACUUUCUCAAAGAGUAUUUGUUCAUUUCCUUCCGCAGAUCCAUCUUGCCACUUGCAGAAAGUUUCCUGUCCAGUGUACUAACAAGUGUGGUGUGAGGGAUAUCCCAAGGGAAAUGGUUCGUUGUUUUUUUGCAAGAAUUUCAAAUUACAGUACAACUAUUGAUGGCUCCUCCCCUUGGUAUCAACCUUUUGUUCGCCUAAUACUUCUCUUUACAGGACAUUUCCGAGUUCCAAACCCUCACUUUGAAACUGAGGCCGAGUGCAGUGAAACCUUUCAUGUUAAAAUGUUUUUUAUUUGCAUAAGAAUAUAGAAAUGACUGUUAUCCACAUCGGUUCAUUGUCUGUUAUUUAGUGUCAGUUUUGUUUGUUAUUUGUUUGAAACUCGUGGCUUGACUUGAGGUAACUCGGAAAUUUCUUAGCUAUUAACAAUCAUCGCUACAUUAUAAAUAUCUUAUUAUCCACACCCCUCAGAGCUUUUUAGCGAUAAAGUUGAAUCCCGAUUUCUCGAGCCCUCGGUUUUUCUACUGCUUGUAGGGCAGUUUGCCUAUUGUAGUAUAUUCGAUGUUGUUGUGUUUUUUUUGGCAGCUUGGGGAUCAUACCCGUUAUGAUUGUCCUAAAACUUUGGUUCAGUGCGAGUACAAUUCUUUGGGAUGCGACGCAGUGGUAAGAAUUUUUUUAAAAAAAUGUAUGCCUCCUUUAUUCCAUUCAAUCUCUGACGGACUGCGACGCGAUCGGAAGCUGUCUGCGUCGGACAUAUUCAGUCGAUUUCAUGCACAAAAAGACAAAUACUCCCAUUUAAUUGUCGGAAUAUUUCUUCGUUCGCAGUUUCCACGAUCAAGCGCCACAUUUCACUCGGAAUCUCAAGUUGAACACCAUCUCACCCUUGCCCUCCGUGGCCUUGAGUCAACUCAGCACCAGGUCCGCGCGCUUGCAAACCUUGUCAAAGAACAGUCGCAACAGAUAAAGAGACUGGAGCAGAUGACGGAGAAAUAUGCGCCGUACAUUUGGAAGAUAACUGGCUUCCAAGCGGUAUACGAUAGGGCUGUUACAGGGGAACAAGAGACCCUACUGAGUGAACCGUUUUAUUUGUCAAAAAACGGGUACAAGUUACGAAUCAAAAUGUUACCGAACGGUGGCACCGCUGAUCCACCUUCGCAUAAGAAAUAUCAUGGGAAAUACUUAUCGGUCUAUAUCAAAGUUAUUCCCGGUGAUUACGAUUCAAUAUUACUCUGGCCUUUUACGGAGAAGAUACGUAUCACUAUAAUCGAUCAAGCGUCCUGCCAGGGUGACAGAGUAAACAUAUCAAUGGUUGUUGAUUUCAAGGAUUCUCCCUGGCCCCGCCCUCUGAAGGAAGGAAAUCUUGGUUUUGGUUACCCUGGUUUUGUCCCCCAAAAUGAAUUGCAGACCCGAUCAUACUUAAAAAACGAUAAAAUAUUCCUCAUGGCUAGUAGAGGUUAG